AUGGCUGGCCAAGACUCACCACCCAUUUCUUUAGCUGAAAUAGAUGCGAUACCCAACUUGCGGGAAGGCUUGAGGAGAUUAAACGAUUUAGGGAUAGACUACGCUGGUGUGAAAAACAAGGACGACGUGGUUAUCAGAUUGAGGAAAUACCUAAAAGGACAUGGCCAAGGAGUGGCCGAAGACCCAAUUAAUGGUGGUGUUUUCUUCGUGGACAGCCCGGGUAUAGGAGAGUGUGAAAAGAUGACAAAACUCACAAAGAGUUACAUGUCCAAGGCACAUUCCUUCAUUUACGUCAUCAACAGCAUGGUGGCCGGAGGGGUGCAAGAAGAUAGGGCUCAGAUGGCACUGAAACAGGGUUGUACAACACCCGAUUACUCCACGUUUCUUGUUGGGCUGAGGAAACUUUUCCCCAAAACCCUUACAUCAUAUGAGGAGAGUAAAUACAGAGCUGAACAAGCUGCACGGCAAAUCAAGGAUUUUCUGAAAAGGAAUAAAAAGCGUGUCAUUGAAUGGAAUGAAGAAGAUUGUCCACAGCCUACUGAAUGGAAUGACCUCCACUUAGAAGCUAGAACCCUCGUCCAUGGACGAAUUCGCGAACUUCUGAAGGAAUGGAACACCAACACAGAGUUUUUCACAUAUGCACAAAAGGAGCUUAUUGAAAAGUUCCGCUCGGAGUUCAACAUCCUAGAGAACCAAAUCGCUCUUAUGGAAGGUCAGUUAACCAGCAACGAUAUGGUUGUUGUUGAGGAUGCAAAUCCCACAGACUUAAGUGACGAGGAGGACAUUGCUUUAACCACCGCUCAAAAAGUCAUCAUCGGCGUAACUUCUCCAUUAUGGAUUGUUAUCAGCCUCCCGAUUGCCAUUGGGAUGGCAGUUAAAGAGCUUAUCAAUGAGAAGAAACAAAUCAAAGAGUACGCAAAGCAAAGAUCGGCAGUUAUGAAAACUAUUGCAGAAAAAGUUCUCGAAGAUUUUUCAUCUGACGAAUACCUUGUAGGAGUGGUGAUGCGGUACUUGAACUCUGCAGUUGCAACGCUGAAUGACCUACUCAAUGCUAUCCCAAAACUCCUAGAUGAUGACCGUCAGCUCGUAAAAAGGUUGCAAAUUGAAAGUCAGACAGCGGAUUCAGAGAUGCAGUUGCAUCAGAAAAAGCUCCAUCAGAAUGAAAACUUAGAGGGACGCCUAGGGUUGCUGUACGUAACAAACAUCCGGGAAGACAUCAACGCAGAAACAGAAAUUAAUUGGAGCUCGCCUGCUAUUGCUGCUGGCACGUUUGGCGAUGUUUAUGCCGUGACCCUUCCGUCAAGAAAGAAAAUGAAAGCAGCAGCAAAGGUGAUGAAACAGUGUGCAACAGCAGAGAACGUAUGUAAAGCUUUACUGGAGGAGGAAAUUUUGAGAGGCUUUCACACAGCCCCAAACAUCAUCAAGUUCAUAGGAACCAGCGCCAUCAUAGAGCCAGGUGGUAACAGGCGCCUUGUCAUUCUAAUGGAGUAUUGCCCCAAAACCCUUGCAAAUCGUAUGUUGAAUGCAGAUGCGACAAGUCCCAAAGGAGGGCGAGAGACCAUAAACCCUGGUUUGAAGCAACCGUUAGAUCCUGGCCUCAUGCGUUCCGUUGCUGACUUUGGUAGGCAAAUAUGCUCUGGAUUAAGUUGCAUGCAUGCUAAAGGAUACAUUCACCGAGACUUGAAACUGGAAAACAUAUUGGCUGGGAGUGAUAAAACCGUGAAGUUACUGAACAUCAGCAAGCCUGUCACGAUACCAUCCCCAGAUCCCGACUCGCCCAUAGGGUCUAUGGUUUAUCUCCCCUACAGCGUCCUCGAUGGCACCAAACCUUACGAUGCAGGUGCCAACAUCUACGCUUUCGGGCUUAUGAUGUGGGAGAUAUGGCAUAAUGAACAUGUAUUCAAAAAUCAGAGAGAUAGUGCAGUUAGAGUCUUCAGUUCCGGCAUUAGGCAGGGCAACUCCCCCCUGACGUUUGAAACUGGUAAAAUAGACCCGACCUUGGAAGCAUAUUGGGAGAAAACCAUGAGGGCCUGUCUCUCCGGUGAAAUUGCCAUAAAAGACUGGAAAGAAUGGAUGUAUGGAAUAAAUUAUUUACUGAACACUAAAGAAAGUGUUGAGUGA